AUGACGGGACCGGACGGUCUCCCACCACCUCUUUUCGCACAGCCCAUGUUACAUUGGUUGGCCAAUCUGAUUGCAUCACACGCAUUCGCCGACCUGGACACGAUCGAACAAGUCCUGUCGCUUGAACCACCAAAGAACGGUAACUUUCGCAUCCUUCCAUGGGCUGCCGAUGUACGAGAAAAACCAGUGUUCCCGGAAUGGUCCUCCUCGGGACCCAAAACAAAGCCAAAGAAUCCCCAAUCAUGGGUCUCUCAGUUCUCAGACUGGGGAAACCGUGCAGGUUUUACUGCGCAGCUAGGGUUGCAUGCCGUACGCCGGGAGGCUCUCAUCAAAGUGAACGAUAACGGUUAUUCACUGGGCCAAGUGCUACGGUUUGCGUCACAGAAUAACACCAACGUACUUGUCAACAAAUACCUCGGCAGUGUUUCUACGGUGGAUGGCGCAGGAAGCUACCUUGGCAUGCAACUUCGGGCCGAUUUAGCGGAGGACUUUAGAUCAGCAUCAGCAGGAAGAAACCCCGGCCUUCAUUUUUCGCUUCCCGCAAAGGAAACGAAAGAAUUACAGAAAAGCCUGGAAUAUAUUUCCCUGACCAACAAGAUCAACGAAAUCAACUUGGAGCUCGAGACGUCAACGUCACUGGAGGACCAACAACAGCUCGAACUACAACGCAAGGUCGCCUACAGAGAAAGGCUGCUGUUCGAGAACAAGAAGCUGAAAGAAUUCCAGACGACACAAAAGGUCUUGUAUGAUAUCGGCCAAGACGAUCAUGAGCAAUGCGAUUGGCGCCAGAAUCACUUCAACCGCAUCAGUCACGUGCUUCCAGAAGAACGUGUACGUCUCGCAUACAGUCUGCAAAUGAAAGCCUGGCCUCGAAGUCCUGAAUGGAUCAACGCCCUUCGAGACCUCGUUUCACUCAGAUCAAAUCAUCAUCCUGUGGCCUAUCAGAAAGAGCUCCGCCCUGUACAGGGCUGCUGCCCUGUUGCAACCUGCCGCAAAAAUAUGUUGAAGGUACCUAAAAAAGACAGAUGGCGGCAUAUCUAUCGAUGCCAGGAGAAAGCCUACGUUGAGGAAGUGGGAUUCGCUAGAUUUUGCUUUCUAUGCAGCACUUGGCUCAAGGGCGAAGCUUCUUGGGUGGCUCACUGCAAAGACCAUGUUGAGAAAGUAUCAUUCCCAGUUCGAUGUAAUCCAGUCACUCACCGUCACGCGGUCGCAUGUGCUGGUUACUGUCCUGUUCAUCUGGGAAGAACAGAUCUUCCCGUGGAAGAGAGAAUGCGUCAAUGGUCCGACCAGGAUGCCUGGAAGCGCCAUAUUUCUCGGUGUCUUGCAACAUAUCUCGUUCAACAGCAAGGACAGACGAUUUCCUGCCCUCAUCCAAAGUGUCCGGUGGAAGUCCAAUUCGAGAAAGACUUUUGGUAUCAUCAAGGUGAUAUCCACAGUAUUUUCGAAAAGACAGCAGUGAUCGGAAAGCGUAAGACUUGUUCGAACGAGGAUGAACGCCCACCAGAGCGACCACGAAAGUCGAAGCGAGUCGGCAUCGAGCAGUCCGUGGGGCUCAAGGUGAUACCAUUUGUGCCUGACACCAAACUUCUCGAUUCUAGGCACCUAUAUGACUCAGACUAUGCGCAAACUCAAGACAGCCGUUCGCCAACGGAUCCCCCUGAUUCUUUAUCUAAUAGUCCAUUGCUGGAAUAUGCCCAAUCUGAGACCCAAGAAAUGUACGCUUUCCCAACCUUGUUGGGCAGUUCUCCCUAUUGCACAGACAAUGAGAAUCAGGUAGCAGGCCUCGUUCUUAGCUCUGCCUCCAAUCUAGGUCACAUGAAAGAGACUCUGUCGACUGAGCAGUCCCCAUCACGAAUGACUGGGAUAAUGGUACCCAUUGAUCCUCUACUAGUUUCAGAAGGGGAGCCCAGCGCUACUUUCGACCUGGACUCUUUGACGGCACCAGACAGCGAUGCAAAGGGGGUCGUGACCAAGGAUCUGAGCCACCGUGGUGCAGUAGUGCACUGUCAGCAAGACCCUCUCCAAGAACAAACGUAUUCUGUUGAUUGUCUACUCGGGAGAUGGGGCAAAGAUUUGUUCUAUUUAAAAUGGCUAGAUGGAAGUUAUGGCUGGGAGCCGAGGGAGAACAUACUGGAUGAAGAACUCGUCCAGGAUUUUGAAGAGAGCUAUAGAGGUUUCAAGGAUGGCGUCGAGGUCUUACGGACUCGAAUCCGAAAUGGUAAGGCGGAGUAUCGAUUGCACUGGGAUGGUCGCCCAAAAUGGGAGGAUUGGUGGGUCACGGAGAAGGAAUUGCACCCAAAGUUGAUUGAAGAACACAAACCGAAAAAGAAGAGCUAUGUAAGAAGGAGAAGAAGAAACCGAUGUGCUUAUAUGUGUUGA